AUGAAUAAUAACUCAACUGCCGCCGCCACGGCGGCGGCGCCGUCGGAAACCCAAUCCGACUCCAAUUCGCCCCGGGAGGAAUCGGAGGUCAGCUCGGGCGGCGAGACGAGGCAGGGGAGGUCCUACAGGGGCGUGCGGCGGCGGCCGUGGGGCAAGUUCGCGGCGGAGAUCCGGGACUCGACCCGGAACGGCGUCCGGGUCUGGCUGGGCACGUUCGACAGCGCGGAGGCGGCAGCCCUGGCGUACGACCAGGCGGCGUUCGCGAUGCGCGGGGCCGCGGCGGUGCUGAACUUCCCGGCGGAGACGAGGGGAAGCCUAGUGAAGGAGGUCGAUGGAAGUCGAGCUCGCGGCUGGGGGAAGCUCGCCGGAGAGAGAACGUCGUGGGGGUCGGCCGAAAAUUUGCAAAGAAGAUGA